UUAACCCUUCAGCAUAAUCUUGAAGAAACCAUGAGUCUGUUCAAAAUAAUUGCUUGUAUAGCCUUUGUGACAACAGUCAUUUCUCACAAGCAAUGUGUUAAAAAUGCCAACCUUUGGAAAAGUAUUCAAUAUCAACUCAAGUUAGUUGAGAGUUCUGAGGGAAGAUGUGACUGUGGAUCCCAAGAUUUGAACACACAUAAAAUGGUGGGAUUUCUAGUCAAAAGUCAGAAGCACAUACAAAAUUUCAAUGGAGUAGUGGUUUAUGAUACAGUCGUCACUAAUACUGGCAGUGGAUAUGAUACUUCUAAUGGACACUUUAUUGCCCCUUAUGAAGGUCUAUAUUAUUUUUCAUGGACAACCCUUACUGUCCAUGACAAAUCCUUCUUCACACACUUGAUGCACAAUGGUAAAACAAUUGUGAUAAAUCAUGCUGCUGCCAGAGGAAUAUCUUCGGAACAGAUGUCAGCAACACAAAGUGCUGUACUUCAAUUAGCAGCAAAAGAUAAAGUGUACAUAAAGACACAUGGGACAGAAAAGUAUUUGUAUGGUGCUGGUUAUUCUACGUUCACUGGUUUCAAAAUCUAACUUUUUUUUUUAAUAUUUUUUAAUAUGUUCUAUUAUUCUAUAUAUUGUAUUGUAUUAUAUAAUGUAUUGUAUAAAAUUGUUUGAUUGUAUUGCUUGAC